AUGAUCGUUCUUUUCCGAAGGAGACGUAACGUGGUGGCCCUAGUGGUUAUCCUAUGUCUUUGCUCCUUUGUUUUUCUUCACCCGUCACUCCUUUCGUAUAUCAGUCCCAACUACUUUGAUCGAUUGGUGGACCAACUUCCGUUUUCAGAUCUGUUGGCUCAAGCGGUGGAUUUUAGUGCCAAAGACAAUUUCGACACCUUUGUGUUUCCAGAAUAUUUGACCAGCAGAGAUGGUCUGGAUGUGUUGAAAUAUACCAUGCCUUUUGACCCGAGGUUCACCAUGGGUCUCGUUCUCGAUCAUUUGGCCAACCAAAUCGAGCAAUCCAAAUCUGUGUACGAAGUUCACCUUCCAUACUUCCAUUGGGCUGACUACACCGACUUAUCAAACCUUAACAAGUUUUACUUUUCUGCGGAAAAAGACAAUUGCAAAAAUCUUUUCGAUGUCACCACUCCGAGUCAAAGCCGGAACAGAAAACAGGAGCUCGUGCAAACAGAAUUGUAUUGCCUUGACCAGUCGCAGCUUGAAGAUGCAUCUCUGGAUUCAGCAUUCAGCGAAGAUCAACGCAGAGCAUUCCAGUUAGCGAAAACUAGACCUGUUUCUACCGGGUGGUAUGUUUUCGACUACGGCGGCCGGUCCAAACUGUCGUUGAAAAUCUUGCAUGCCAAGUCGUACCUCGAGAAUUUCAUGGCUCCUCCACGGAAUCUUGUGCUUCUUAUUCCCACUAAAAAAGGACCAGCUUCUAUUUCCGUUCCUGUCAACCAGGACAUUUCUGGCCGGGAAAGAAUCUCUCAAACCUCAAUUCUUGAAGGUUACUUGACAAACUUCAGACAGAAUUCGCCAGAUGCUCCAUCGGUGAACGUGGCUAAGCAAUUGCAAAGAGUGAGUGAGUUGGUUCCAAAGUAUGCCAAGGUUGCUCCUUUGCCCCAUACAAAGCCAUUGAAGCACGAGGACUUCACGGCAGACUGUGGAACCAUCAUAAACUCCUUAGGAGACGGCAUGCUGGAGUCUGUACAAUCGUAUAAGCAGUCGUUGGAAUACUCGCUUGCUGAAACAAAUCCGCCCAAAUACUUUAAAGAGGCCAAGAUUCUCAAAAAGGAAGCGAAUUGGGCUCAUGGUGGACACUAUGACUGGCGGUUUUUCGCCGGGUUGAUCAACUUCACCGACAGACAACCACCAGUGUUGCAUGGCCUUUUACAAGCGUAUCUUAAAUUUGCAAAUGCAAAUAAUAUAACCACUUGGGUGGCUCAUGGAUCGCUUUUAUCGUGGUACUGGAACGGCGUAGCUUUCCCAUGGGAUAAUGAUAUCGAUGUCCAGAUGCCCAUCCAGGACCUUCAUCGUCUUUCACGAGAGUUCAAUCAGAGCAUGAUCGUUGACCUUGGUGGAGAGUCUGACCAGGAAGUAAGAUAUGGUCGAUACUUUCUCGAUUGUGGAACAUUCAUAAGUCAUCGCACGGCUGGAAACGGGAACAAUAAUAUUGAUGCUCGGUUCAUCGAUGUCGACACCGGCUUUUACAUUGACAUUACUGGGUUGGCAAUUUCUGACGAAAGGGCUCCCACUCGUUAUAACGAUUUACUUCCGGCUGAGCUCUCACGACAAUCUUUGGAUGCCACCAUCACCGAACAGAGCCGUAACGAGUAUCUCCAGGCCUAUAAUUGUCGGCAUCAUCAUUUUGCCCGGCUCAAUGAGCUCAGUCCAUUGAGUUUAUCUGCGGUUGAAGGUCAAUUUGUCUACGUUCCUGCUAACUAUGAGCGGGUACUUAUAAACGAAUAUGGAGUCAAGGGAAUCAUCAAUGAAGUAUUCAAAAUCUUCACGUUUGUGCCUCGAUUCCAACUCUGGAUACCGACGCGAGACCUCAGGCGUUUCACCAAUAACCACGACAUAAAGUGGUCAGACGAGCAAACAUGGAAGUAUUGGAGUGAGCAAGACCAUAUCCAGUUUUUGGCCCAGAAUGAAGAUUUAUUGACGGAAUACGUAGCCACGAGGAAGAUGACACUGUUGCAUAACGAGGAAAUGAAGUUGCGGAGAAAACGCAAAAAGAGUGAAAAGUUUGUCGUUGACUGUAUUGAAAAGGAUCCACUGUUGACCAAAUUAAGACAUGAUUAUUUUUCGUUUUUGGUAUCUAAUCAUGACUAUGACUUCCGCAUUCGAGAUGACGAGGUUAAGAGACAAUAUAAAGAGCUCGAUCAGGCGCUAGCAGAGCAAAAUCUCGACAAAGUGGAGGAAACUACAAAGACAAUUGAGUCGGAAACGGCUGCAAAUAAUUUACCGGAAACCGACCAAGAACCCGAGAACAUAGAUUCUCUUCCAAAAAUACAAUCCCCAGAGGAACAAAAUGACGCUACAAUGAGAAGACCAGUUCCCAACCCAGUCGACUCAAACCAAUCUUGGUAA